AUGGUUGCGAGCAGCGCUGUUAUCACCGCCAACUGGAUCUCCUUUCUUGCCAUCUCGGCCUCGUUUAUUAUUUUGCUGGUGAUUUCUCUCCGAUACAAGGGCCCCGGUGGUACAGAGUCCUUCUACAAUGGUUUCAAGGAACAGAACAUGCUUACAGUCUUUAUCAAUCUCUGGUGUGCGCUUGCCUAUUUCGCCAAGGUAUUGCAAUCGCACUCCAACGACAAUGGUUUCGCUCCUUUGACAGUCAUCCCUUACGUCGACUACUGCACCACCUGCCCCCUCCUUACCUUGGACCUGCUCUGGUGUCUUGAUGCCCCGUACAAGAUUUCUAGCGCGGUCCUGGUGUUCACGUGCCUCGUGAUCGCGGUGGCUUGCAGUUUGGCAGUAGCUCCGUUCUCCUACUGCUGGUUCGCCAUGGGAAUGGUCCUGUUCACCUUCACGUACGUCUUCAUCUUGUCCAUCGUCAGGCAGAGACUCGACUUCUUCACGCUGUGCGCCCGUGACAGCAACGCCAAGCAGAGUCUCAAGCACUUGAAGACGGCAGUCUUCAUCUACUUCGGAAUCUGGCUCCUGUUCCCCCUGCUGUGGCUUCUCUCAUACAGAGCGGCCAAUGUCAUCUCAAACGACAUCAAUCACAUUUUCCACUGCAUCUUGGAUGUGAUUGCGAAAUCUGUGUACGGCUUUGCUCUGCUCUACUUCAAGAUGUACUUCGACAAGAAGCUAAUUGAAUCUGGUAUCGACGAGGAUGAUUUCGCAAAGUUUAGCAAGGUUGUCACCACACAUCGAUCUGAAGAGAAGCAAAAGCGCAAGCCCGCCGUAAGCCAGUCUCCCAAGAUGUACUACGAUGAAGCGGCUUACCAGGACGGCGAGGUCGAGUCAAACCUUCAGUCCAAGAUCCGCAAGUCUCUAUCUAGGAAGGAUAAGACUCCUGGAUCUCCCAGCCGCUCGCCCAUGACCCCAAGGACGGCCUACUCGACCCGCAAGAGCCCUGGCAUGCACCUCAAUGAUCAUCCCGCGUGGGGCAGUCUGCAGGCGUCUGCCCAUUCGUGGGAGAACGAGCGUGAGGGACCUGUGGGUGACCAUGACGACGAGGAGUUCAGCGAGUUCUGCCAGAGCCUGCCGAAGAAGGCCAUUCCCCCGCUCAACAGCCAGCCUCACAUGUACAAUAGCGAAGACGAGGAUGACGGAGCGUAUCUCGAGCGAGCGAAGAUGGCAUACCAGAAGGCCAAGGAGAGACAUGACAACGCCAACGGGCAGAGGGAGAGGAGAGAUCGAUCGGGGUCUCGCGAGUCGGACUUCUAA